AUGACACUUAUUCACUUGUCUCUCUCCAUUUUCUUAUGUCUCUUCCUUGUCCUAGCUCCAACAUACGUCGCCUCCUCUCAUGUCUCCGACCCUGAACUCGUAGUUCAAGAAGUUAACCAACAGAUAAAUGCUUCUAGAAGGAAUCUUGGUGUCCUCUCAUGUGGGACCGGAAACCCAAUAGACGACUGUUGGAGAUGCGACCCCAAAUGGGAGAAAAACCGUCAACGACUAGCCAAUUGCGCCAUUGGGUUUGGCAAACACGCAAUAGGCGGCCGUGACGGUAAAAUCUACGUGGUGACCGACCCUAGGGACAAAGACGCAGUUAACCCUAAACCCGGAACCCUAAGACACGCAGUGAUCCAAGAAGAACCGCUCUGGAUCAUCUUCGCACGUGACAUGGUCAUAAAACUAAAAGAAGAGCUGCUCAUGAACUCGUUCAAGACCAUAGAUGGACGUGGAGCGAACGUCCACAUCGCUGGCGGUGCGUGCAUCACUGUCCAGUACGUGACUAACAUCAUCAUUCACGGCAUAAACAUCCACGACUGCAAGAAGAGAGGCAAUGCUUACGUUAGAGAUUCUCCGUCGCAUUACGGAUGGAGGUCGGCUUCUGAUGGUGACGCAGUCUCUAUAUUCGGUGGGUCUCACGUGUGGGUAGACCAUUGCUCGUUGUCUAAUUGUGCGGACGGUUUGGUUGACGUGAUUCAUGGGUCGACGGCUGUUACGAUCUCUAAUAACUACUUCACGCACCACAACAAAGUGAUGCUUUUGGGACAUAGUGAUUCGUACACGAGAGACAAGAACAUGCAAGUCACAGUUGCUUUUAAUCAUUUUGGUGAAGGGCUUGUUCAGAGAAUGCCCAGAUGUAGGCAUGGAUAUUUUCAUGUGGUAAAUAACGAUUAUACGCAUUGGAGAAUGUAUGCAAUUGGUGGGAGUGCGGCUCCAACGAUUAAUAGUCAAGGCAAUAGAUUUCUUGCUCCAAAUGAUAAAGCCUUCAAAGAGGUGACUAAAUACGAAGAUGCACCACAAAGCAAAUGGAAGAAUUGGAACUGGAGAUCAGAAGGUGACUUGUUCUUAAACGGUGCGUUCUUCACGCCUUCAGGUGGAAGAGCUUCUUCAAGGUAUGCAAAAGCUUCGAGUCUGUCGGCUAGACCGUCCUCGUUGGUAGCUUCCGUCACGGGCAAUGCUGGUGCUCUCUCUUGUAAGAAAGGAUCUCGAUGUUAAUCUGAUCCAUCUACUUAAAGUAAUAAUGCAUCUAAUUAAAUUGAAAAAGGAUGUGUUUGUUCUCCUAUGUCAAUAUUUUGUUGCCCUUUAGUUUUUUUAUAUUAUGGGGAGGGUUAAAGUUGUAUGUUGGAUUUGAUGUGUAUACUAAAGUAUUGUAUGGAUUCCCUUUGGACCAAUGGGUUUCUUUAAAACUUUUUGGAGUAGGGACCGAUGUAUGCUGUGGUGGGGUAUGUAUAAGUGCUGCAAGAUUGUUGAUUCUGUAACUCAAUAUUAUAAUUAAUAAAAUCAACAGCUUAAUU